AUGCAAAAACACAAUGAAGACUUGAAAGAAUCAUUUUUAUUAUUUGAUGGAGAUGGAGAUGGGUAUUUGACAUUAAAUGAAUUUGAGUCAUUAGUUAGGGUAUUAGGAGUUGUAAUGGAAACAUCUGCUAUUGCAAGUACAUAUAAUUCUAAUUCUAAAGUACGAGGAAUGAGUUAUGAAUUAUUUACUUCUUGUUUUUCUCAAUUAAAAACAAAGUCAUUUAAUAAAGAUGAAAUUAAAACUGCAAUUAAUGUUUUAGACAAAGACAAAAAAGGUUUUAUUCCUGCAAUUGAAUUGAGACGAAUACUUUCUACUAUUGGAGAUAAUAUGGAACAAAAAGAAAUUACUGAUUUGUUUACAUUUAUGGGUAUAGAUGAACAAGGUGUUGUAAAAGUUGAUGAUUUUAUUAAUCAAUUAAUGACUGUUUUCAAGUAA